CCUGACACUGCUUCUCUUUGGCCUUUGUGUCUGCAGAGAGGAGGCGUGAAGGAGUAAUCACAGCGGGAGAAAGAGUUACUAAGUCCUGAGGAUACUUUGGAUUUCUUUGGACAACUGGGAAUACCUGAGAACUGCCACUGACGGACUGCUUUUUUUUUUUUUAACUUCAAAAUUUUCCUGCAGCAUUUCUUACAUUUCCCCCAUCAUUUCACAGGCCAUCGGGGGACCUUUCAGCUUGUGCAGUUUCAUACUGUGAAACCAAAUCACACUGUCGGGGGUGUGUGGUAGCUCCGGAUCAUGCUCUCCCUGUGGUUGUUCCUGCUCCCUUGCCUGAGCCUUGUGCCUCCGGUCCCGGCCGAGAAGGGCCUGGAGUUCCCACACUAUGACGGGAAAGACCGCGUUCUUGAUAUCAAUGACAAGAACUACAAGAAAGCCUUAAAGAAGCACAGCAUGCUUUGCCUGUUCUACCACGAGCCCAUACCGGAGAGCAAGGAACUGCAAAAACAACACCAGAUGACUGAGCUGGUGCUGGAGCUUGCUGCUCAGGUUAUGGAAGAGAAGGACAUUGGAUUUGGAAUGGUUGACUCGCACAAAGACGCAAAAGUGGCAAAGAAACUUGGCUUGGAGGAGGAGGGAAGUGUGUAUGUUUUUAAGGCCGACAGGGUGAUCGAGUUUGAUGGCUUGCUCUCUGCUAACACCCUGGUGGAGUUCCUGUUGGAUGUGUUGGAGGAGCCCGUGGAGGUGGUAGGAAAUGCUGCAGAACUUAGAGCCUUCGACAGGAUGGAGGAAGACAUCCGUCUCAUUGGCUACUUCAAGAGUGAAGACUCUGAGCAUUAUGAAGCCUUUAAAGAAGCUGCAGAGCAGUUCCAGCCCUACAUUAAGUUCUUUGCCACGUUUGAAAAAUCGGUGGCCAAAGAGCUGACUCUGAAAAUGAACGAGGUAGACUUUUAUGAGCCCUUCAUGGAGGAGCCAGUCACUAUCCCAGGCAAACCUCACUCUGAGGAGGAGCUGGUGGAAUUCAUAACUGAACACAGACGACCAACCCUGAGAAAGCUACGAGCAGAAGACAUGUUUGAGACCUGGGAGGAUGAUAUCGAGGGCAUCCACAUUGUGGCCUUUGCUGAGGAGGAGGACCCCGAUGGUUUCGAGUUCUUGGAGAUUCUGAAGGAGGUAGCCAGAGACAACACUCACCUUCCUGAACUCAGCAUCGUCUGGAUUGAUCCUGAUGACUUUCCCCUGCUGAUUCCUUACUGGGAGAAGACCUUUAAGGUGGACCUGUUCAGACCACAGAUCGGAGUCGUCAACGUUACAGACGCUGACAGUGUGUGGAUGGAAAUGGAGGAUGAGGAGGAUCUGCCCACGGCUCAGGAGCUGGAGGACUGGAUUGAAGAUGUGCUCUCUGGCAAAGUCAACACUGAGGAUGAUGAUGAUGAAGAUGAUGAUGACGACGACGACGACGAUGAUGAUGAGGAUGAUGAUGACGAUGAAGAGGAGAAUGAUGAUAAUGAGGAUGAUGAAGAAGAUAACGGAGAGGAAGAUGAUGACAAUAAUGAUGAUGACGAUGAUGAUGACGACGAUGAUGACGACGAUGAUGAUGAGGAAUAAUUCACAGCCUCAGAAUAGUAAACAUCACCUCGUCUUUAUUCUUCAGGCCGGGUCUAAUGUGAAUUCAUUUUCACUAAGAAAUAACUCAAUAUUUGUACUUAAUAUGUGUCUGCUAUUCAUAUUAAGAAUAUUUAAUAUCUAUAAAUGUCAUUUUUUGACAUUGUAAAUAUGCCUGAAAUGGGUUUUGGGAUUUAAGUAAAAAAAUAUAUAUAUACUGGAUCAGACAUGUGGCAAUAAAAUAUGAAAAUAGAUUCAAUAAUAUAUAAAUGUCUGUUAAUAAUAAAGGACUAUCAAUGUCACAGUCGUGUCAUCAAA